CGCGCAUUCAGUAGCACCGUAUGCGCUCUAGGGAACGAGGUGAUUUAAUCUCUGGUGUACACUUGAAGGAGAUACACUUUUGUCAUUUUAGUUGAAGUCCUCAUUGAGAAGACUGCUGUGAAAUUACUGGAUUUAAGAUUAAGAUCACUCCAGCUGAGUGAAACAUAAUCGUCUGGCUGUCUUCACACUAUAAAUCACCACAGAGGAAUUUUGCAGAAUGGGCAAGGACAGAAUUCACUGCUCCCUGUGUGGGAAGAGUUUUUUAACUCAGACUAUACUAAAAACACACAUGCGCAUUCACACAGGAGAGAAACCAUAUUGCUGUUCACAAUGUGGAAAGAGUUUUACACAACUAAGUCACUUAAAUAGACAUCAGCAUGUUCACUCAGGAGAAAAGCCAUAUCAGUGCUCACACUGUGGGAAGAGUUUUAGAGACAUGGCGGAUUUGAAAGUUCAUGAGCGCAUUCACACAGGAGAAAAGCGACAGUACUGCUCACACUGCGGGAAGAGUUUUAGAGACAUGCCGGAUUUAAAAGUUCAUGAGCGCAUUCACACAGGACUGAAGCCAUAUGUUUGCUCACACUGUUGGAAGAGUUUUACAAAUUUAAGUACUUUGAAAGUUCACGAACGCAUUCACACAGGAGAGAAACCGUAUCAGUGCUCAGACUGUGGGAAGAGUUUUGCGAAAACAAGUCAUUUAAAAAAACACCACCGUAUUCACACAGGAGAGAAGCACUAUCAAUGCUCACAGUGUGAGAAGAGUUUUGCACAUGCAAGUUAUUUAAAAAAACACCAACACGUUCACAUGGCACAGAAGCCGUAUCAGUGCUCACAAUGUGAGAAGAGUUUUGCAAAUGCAAGUCAUUUAAAAAGACACCAACACAUUCACACAGGAGAGAAGCCGUAUCAGUGCUCACAGUGUGAGAAGAGUUUUGCAAAUGCAAGUCAUUUAAAAAGACACCAACACGUUCACACAGGAGAGAAGCCAUAUCACUGCUCACACUGUGGGAAGAGUUUUGCACAGUCAAGUGCUUUAAGAACUCACCAACGCGUUCACACAGGAGAGAAGCCAUAUCAAUGCUCACAUUGUGGGAAGAGUUUUGCCAGUCUGAGUAUACUAAAAGUACACAUGUGCAUUCACACAGGAGAGAAACCAUAUUGCUGUUCACAAUGUGGAAAGAGUUUUACACAACUAAGACAAUUAAAGACACAUCAGCAUGUUCAUGCCGGUGAAAAGCCAUAUCAGUGCUCAGAGUGUGAUAAAAGUUUUGCUUGCAGUCGUUAUCUCAAAGAACAUGAGCGCAUUCACACAGGAGAAAAACGUCAGUACUGCUCACACUGUAGGAAGAGUUUUAGAGACAUGUCGGAUUUAAAAGUUCAUGAGCGCAUUCACAUAGGACUGAAGCCAUAUGUUUGCUCACACUGUUGGAAGAGUUUUACAAAUUUGAGUACUUUAAAUGUUCACAAACGCAUUCACACAGGAGAGAAACCGUAUCAGUGCUUAGACUGUGGGAAGAGUUUUGCGUAUUCAAGUUAUUUCAAAAAACACCAACGUAUUCACACAGGAGAGAAGCCGUAUCAAUGCUCACAGUGUGAGAAGAGUUUUGCGAAUGCAAGUUAUUUAAAAAAACACCAACACGUUCACACAGGACAGAAGCCGUAUAAGUGCUCACAGUGCGAGAAGAGUUUUGCAAAUGCAAGUUAUUUAAAAAUACACCAACAUAUUCACACGGGACAGAAGCCGUAUCAGUGCUCACAGUGUAAGAAGAGUUUUGCAAAUGCAAGUUAUUUAAAAAAACACCAACACGUUCACACAGGAAAGAAGCCAUAUCACUGCUCUACUGACAGAAUACAGACACAACAUGAUCAAGACGAAGUUACAAUUCUGUAAGCAACCGUUUGCAUACCUAUGGAGAGUAUUGAAUGGUACCAGUCAUAUGCUCUCACCAUUACAUGUGUUGGCGAUUUGUACUGCUCUUAAACCUCAGACGGUCGGUCAAAUGUUGUCUUUCUUGGGAAUGGUUGAUUAUAGUGGGCAAUGGAUUCAACUUUGCUUUGAAAGUAAUUUUGUGAGCUUUGAUUAAUUAGCAGCUUUUGAAAUGUUGAAGAAAGACCUUUGUACUGAUGGUGGUGGGGUGUGUGUGUGUGUGUGGAUGGGCUGCUAAGAGUCCUGCAACACCAGGUCGAGAGGAAGGUUGAGAUACUGAAAUCUGAGACUUGAAAACAGAAUUCAAGGUGAAGACAAUUGCUACUCACACUUUGCACUGAGGAAAGAUGAAAAAAGUCUAAGUAAGUCAGAGUUGGAGGUGGUGAAGAAAACCUCCCUGAGAUGAUAAAAAGAACCCUUGAUGGGAUCCGGACUCAAAGGGAAGCGAGCAUUAUCUAGGUGACACCUUAAUAUGCUUCACUCAUUCAGUUGCAAACAUUAUUGAUAUUUUAUACUUUUUCUGUUGAUUAUGGAUGUUAGUUUUUUAAUUAAAUGAAUUCAUGCAUUUACUAAUAUCCUAAACAUUAAUGUGAUAUUGCAAUUGUCAUUUUGUAUUUUUUCUAUGCUUGUUUCUAUCUAUACCAACAGAUAAACACUUGUAUACCCGAGUAUAUAUGUACUG